AUGAAGCAGGUCAAGAGCGCUUCGCCCAACCUCCGAUUCCUUAUCAGCAUCGGUGGUUGGACCGACUCCAACCUCUUUUCGCCUGCCACCGAAGCCAAGUACAUUGACAAGUUUGUCACCAGCAUCGUCAAGUUUGUCCAGUUCUUUGGCUUCGAUGGCGUCGACUUUGACUGGGAGUACCCUGUCUUUGAGCAUGGUGGCCAGGCUAUCAAUGCAUCAGCACCUGUGCCGGCCGGCACUUUCAACAACCUGCUCUCCAAGACCCGUGCUGCCUUCAAUGCCAUCGGCAAGACUGCCAACAACGAAAACUACCUGAUCAGCGUCGCCGCGCCUUCGGGUUAUGAGAACUCCAAAAUGGAUCUCCCGACUGUCUGCGGCAUCGUGGACUAUGUCAACGUGAGUGGCUCCCGGGCCCCAUUCACGCUUGUAUCGGCAGCAUGCGCUGUUUGA